AUGUACCAACAAAAAGAUAAAUCGAUCAUUGAUGAAUCAACAGGCCUGAUUUAUCUUUUUGUUGGUCCAGGUUGGCUCCUCACCAGUACGAUUAUUUUUGUUCAAAAGCAAAGCCCUGUUGGACCAACUAAGCAACCACCACCACCACCACCAACACGUUUACAAAAAUCCCUCAUUUUAAUUUCAAUCGAAUGUAUCGGAAUUGACACUCUCCAAUGGCAUAUCAUAUCAAAGAGUCAGGCUUUGGAAAGAUUGGAUGAGCAAAAAUGUUACAGGAUAUGCACUUAUAGAGUGGACGUGCAUGAUAGAUUUGAUCGUCAAAUAAAAGAUGGUACCAACAUUCUACUUGGAAAUCUUUAUGAUGACCUCCAACAAAGUAUCGGUCUUUGCAAAUAG